AUGUUGCAGGUCUCCAAAGUGGGUCUGAUCCGCUUGCUUGUUUACCUUGCUGGCGCUGCAGAGUCACGUGACGGUGAGAUAUCAAAUCACGAGAGGGAGAGGAUUAGCAAAGUGGGCCUCCUCCGCGCUGUAACUGAAGCGGCUCAUGAAAGCAGCAGCUGCGGCACUCACACAAACAGCUGCAGCAGUGCAGACAGUGACGUGAUCGGCCGGCUCGCGAGGCUUCGAACGUCAUCACAUACGUCAUCAACACAAGUCUCGAUACGCGCUUCACAAAAAUCAUCCUCGAUUACUCGACACACGCUUCGAAGCCUCGACACGGGAGGACACAUCACUACAGACAGGAGAGAAAUUGAAACUAUAGUCUCGAUCUCAUUACACUGGUGUUGCUCAAUAUCAAGACAGUAUAUAUUAUCGAUAUUCGGAUCGAUCCGCCCGCCACAGCACUUCCGCAUCUUUUCGCCAAGGUUGUCGCCGCUCGUUCGAGACCCAAAGUUCGCGGAAAGGACGACAAUGUGCGCAAUGCAGCUGCUGCGGGUGUCGGUACAUGAGCGGAUCAACGCUGCCGUUGAAGACUUUCUGCUGCAUGUGGAGAAAGAGGAAGAAAUGGUUCCAGUACCGGCGCUGAGAGCGCUGCUCACCGAGCGGCUGACGGCGGCGGCGAAGGAGAUCGCUGAUGUGUUUGAAGAAACCGUGGAAGAGUACGAAGACAGACUGGAGCGGUCAGAGCGGGAGAUCUGCCGCCAGAGGAGGCUGCUCGAUGCCGUGAUGAAGCCCGAAAUAAGGCUGCACAGAGCAGACUUCCUGCAGCCGGUGGUGAGUAAAGAAGAGGUUCCCCCUGAGCAGCAGCAGUGGAGCCCUCUUGCGGCCCAGGAGGACCUAGAGCCCCCCCACCUAAAAGAGGAACAGGAGGAACCUUGGACCAAUCAGGAGCGAGCGCAGCUUCAACAACUGGAGAGGGCUGAUAUCAAAUUCACAUUGACUCCUUUCACUGUGAAGAGUGAAGAAGACGAAGAGAAACCACAGUCGCUACAGCUUCAUCAGAGUCAGAAUGAGGAGAACAGAGCAGACGGUGGAAAACCAGAACAAGCCAGGAACUCAGGUCCUGAUGGAUAUUCUCAAACUGGUCCUGAGGACAAGACCGAAGACUCUUCAGAGACCGAAGAUAGUGAAGAUGAUUGGAGAGAGACCAGGGAGCUUCAGUCUGGUUUGAAUAUAAGAAACGACAAACAGCCUUUAAGUGAUGUGAGAUGUAAAACUGAUAAGAAACCAUUUAGUUGCUCUGUGUGUGGUUACAGAUUUACACUAAAGGCCCAGCUAACUCUACAUAUGACAAUUCAUACAGGAGAGAAACCAUUUAGUUGCUCUGAGUGUGGUAAAACUUUUAGACUUAAGUCCACGUUGAAGAGACAUAUGCCAAUUCAUACAGAAGAGAAACCAUUUAGUUGCUCUGAAUGUGGUAAAAGAUUUAGUGCAAAGGACCAGCUAACUCUACAUAUGUUAAUUCAUACAGGAGAGAAACCAUUUAGUUGCUCUGAGUGUGGCAAAAGUUUUAGACUAAAGGAAGUGCUGGCGCUACACUUGAAAAUUCAUACAGGUGAGAAACCAUUUAGUUGCUCUGACUGUGGUUAUAGAUCUAGAGUAAAGUACCAGCUAACUUUACAUAUGAAGACUCAUACAUUAGAGAAACAGUUUAGUUGCUGUAAGUGUGGUUAUAGAUGUAACCACGAACACAAUUUAAAGUUACAUAUGAUGAGUCACACAGGAGAGAAACCAUAUAGUUGUUCUGAAUGUGGUAAAACAUUUAGAUAUAACCAACAGCUUAUUGAACAUAUGAGGAUUCAUACAGGAGACAAACCAUUUAGUUGCUCUGAAUGUGGUAACAGAUUUACCCGAAAGACCGUUUUAAAGACACACAUGAGAGUACAUACGGGAGAGAAGCCCUUUAGUUGCUCUCUGUGUGCUAAAGCAUAUAAACAAAAAUCUGAGUUAAAUUCACACAUGGCAGCUCAUACUGGAGAGAAACCAUUUGGUUGCUCUGAGUGUGCAAACAGAUUUAGACUUAAGAACCAACUGAACGUACAUAUGAGGACUCAUACAGGAGAGAAACCAUUUUGUUGCGCUGAGUGUGGCAAAAGAUUUAGACUUAAGAACCAACUGAACGUACAUAUGAGGACUCAUACAGGACAGAAACCAUUGGUUGCUCUGAGUGUGGUGAAAGAUUUAACCGCAAGUCCAAUUUAACUGUUAUAUGAGGAUUCAUAGAGGAGAGCAGUGAUUCAGUUGCAUUGUUUGUAACAAAAUAUUUAUUAGGAUUGAUUAGCAGCUAUUCAUAUCAUCCAUAUUCAUAGUUCACUGUUGUAAAUAGAGAAUUAAGAGUCCCUCCUUCACUUGGUUUUAUCCAUUCAACAGUUUUUGGAAAGAAGCAUUGCACGAGCAAACACAGGCCCCGCCCCCACUCACUGACACACACGAGAGAGGUGAACCAGGCGGUAAAUCUCGACUGGAAGUGUGAAUACAGGGUUUCGGACUAUGAUAAAUUAUUAGCGCCGCUGUUUCAGGAUCAGAACAGAAGCAGUUGUUGGUUUGUAUUGUGUCAGAGACUGAGUGUCGUCCUCCACACUCACUGACCUCAGCUCACUUUACUUUUUCUCUAUCAAAACCAAUACUCAUCCAAAGUUAUUAGAGCCUGAACAGAACUGAACUUUACUUUGUGUUUGUUUGAUUCACUCCAGAGUUUAAGAGAGACACACACUACCACUAACCUAAUACAAUAGACACCCAAAAGUUCAUCUAAAUCAUAACCACUCACUUUACUGAGCUGGUUAAAUAUAUUAUGGGCCAAAUGUUUCAAAUUUAUUCAAGACCAAGUUUUACUAACAGUCUAUUUUAUUUUGUUCAUGCAUCAAGGAUAUUUUAAUAUUUCCAUUUUCAUUUCCAUUUCCAUUUCCAUGAAUAUUCAGGGCUGCUUCUGUUAGUUUGAGGAUCCAUGGAGAUGCAGCUGAGAGAUUUUUUAAUUAAAGGGAUGCACAAGAAAUCAAAAACUUAUGGCAGGUGAAAGGUCUAAACUGUGAAACAACACAUUCAGAUGUGAAGGUGAGCAAUUAGCGUUAUUUUGUGAAUAUACAUAUAUAUAGAAUGGUUUUGUACAACGAUUUUGUUUAAUUUGUGCAUAUGAUGUGACUGUUUUGCUAUACACACAUUUAAAUAAAAAAUAUCUGUAAAUAUCAGAAGGAAAUGAAAAAAAAAAAAAGUGAAAUUGCAUAAUAAAUAAUAAAUCAUGGAUGUUGAGAAAUAAAUGUAUAACUAUUUACAUAUAUUUCACAAAUGCUACAACACAGAAAAAGCUAGCUCCUUCCACCUGAUGGUAUAGUUUGAUUCAGAUCCAGACUGAGAGAAGAACUGAUGGAUCCGACACAAGGAUCACACAAAGAGAUUUGUUCUGGACUCAAGUUUCUGACAGGCAGAGAAUUUCAAAACAGAUUAUAAUCUUCAAAUGACAGUAUUUUGUAGGACUGUGGCCACAAUAAACUGACAUGAACCAGUCAGAAUGAUUAAUACUCAUUUUCACUGACAAAUAACAUGAAUUCGAGGCUACUCAUGUUUUCUAUUGUGGAUUAAUCAUAUAGCUGUAAUACACAGUUGUUUUCAGUUGAUAUAUUUAGGGAAAUUACAACAGUUGUUAAAAAGCUGGAAACAAGCUGUGAAUCUAAUAUCAUUUGUAAUAACAGAUGUGCUCCACAAGAUGGCGUCUCAGUUUAGAUUAAAAACAUCUACAUCUUUUACGGCAACUUGAGGCAAAACUUUCCAACAAAGUGAGGCAAGAGGAGGACUUUCAAUGUGAAAGACAUGCAGGCAACAUCAAGAUAAAUAAGGUUAUGUGAACAAUUGAGAAAUCUAGUCAUAAACAAUACAACAUUUGUUGAUUUGGCAAUAAUUCAAGAUUUCACAUAUUAUAAUUAUUUUUCUUUUCUCAUGUGAGGACUCUUUGCUGAAACCUAAUAACAACCAUAUAAACAGAGACAAAUGUUUAAACACUGUGUGCACAUAUUCCCCUGCUUCACACAACACAAGACAUAACGUGAAGCGCACAGUCAGGACAUCAGGGUUAAAGUGAUGGAACGAUCUGGAGUCAUGAUCUGUCAUCACCGAUUAAUAACUAAAUACAUGUGAUUAUCAGUUUUAGUGAAGAAGGACAGAGAUGGCAAACACACACACA